AUGGGCAAAUGGCGUUAUGGCGUGGUCCUGGACGCAGGCUCGUCUGGGACUCGUGUACACGUAUAUCGCUGGUUACGGAACUCGGUGGCGCGCCUGCGCGCGGAUCCCAACGAAUUGAAGUCGCUGCCCGAGAUCAAGACAAAAGAGCAUUGGACCAAGAAGAUUCAUCCUGGUGUCUCCUCGUUUGCCGAUAGACCGGAAUUGGUUGGGACGGAACAUCUGGCCGAUCUGCUCGACCAUGCCAAGAGUAUCAUCCCCGAAAAGGACGCGAAGAACACCCCGAUUUUUCUUCUGGCCACUGCAGGCAUGCGACUGCUCGGUGAUGUGGAGAGACAGAUUCUGUUGGACCAGAUCUGCUCAUAUGCUCGUGCGAACACGGACUUCUUGCUCCCGGACUGUGGCAUCCAUAUCCAGGUGAUUCCGGGUGUGACCGAAGGACUAUACGGAUGGAUUGCAACGAACUAUUUGUUGGGAAGUUUUGACUCGACCCAAAAUCACGAUCAUGGAAAAGGCCACCAUACCUACGGUUUUCUAGAUAUGGGUGGCGCGUCCGCUCAGAUCGCCUUUGCCCCGAACGCCACAGAGUCGGAGAAGCACGCGGAGGAUCUCAAGUUAUUGCGUCUACGGAAUAUCGAUGGGUCGGUCCAGGAACAUCGCGUUUUUAUCACUUCGUGGCUGGAAUUUGGCGUCCACGAAGCCCGACGGCGCUACGUUGAAGCUUUGCAGGUUGAAAGCGGUGGCGUGGGUGUCACCGAACUCCCUGAUCCUUGUCUGCCCCGGGGGUUGAGGACUACUCCUGACGGACAGGACGUAUUGGUAUCUGCAGGCGAGACAUUGGUGGGCACAGGUCGAUUCGACGAGUGCCUGCGCCGGACAUUCCCCUUGCUAGACAAGGAUGCUCCGUGCCCAGACCAACCUUGUCUUCUUCACGGUGUUCACACGCCGGCCAUUGACUUUGAUGUCAAUCACUUUGUUGGGAUUAGCGAGUUCUGGCACACCACCCAUGAGAUCUUUGAAAUGGGUUACAAAGACAAGGCUUAUGACUUCAACACUUAUCAAGAGCGCGUUCAAACGUUCUGUUCGCAAGACUGGACUUCCAUCGAAAACGGGCUUCAGGAUCAAAAAUGGGGCAAAUCGGUUGACCGUCAAAAAGCUUACGAGGUCUGCUUCAAGGCUUCCUGGAUCAUCAACAUGCUACAUGAUGGCAUUGGAGUGCCUCGUGUUGGACUGGAGGAUACAUCUGGCACCCGUCACAACGGUACCAAGGAAGUGCUUGCGCACGGAAAGGAGAAGGGCUACCUGGAUGCUUUCCAGGCGGUCAACAAGAUCGACUCGACAGAAGUGAGCUGGACCUUGGGCAAAAUCGUCUUGUAUGCGUCAUCUCAGGUGACUGCAGAAGUCGAGGAUGCGCUCCCCGUCGGCUUCGGCAGCAAUGUCCCGGGAGUUCCUGCGGAUUUCCAGUAUCCCAGUGUUCAACUUCUUCCGGAUUCCGAGAGCUUCCACAGCGAGCAUUGGCAUGAUGCUUUGUUCGAUGGCGAUUCACCGCGCAGAGUACCGGGAUUCUUGCUGUUCUUGUUCAUCAUUUUGUUGGUUGGCUUCUUCCUGUGCGGGAGGGGCCGUCGCCUGCGGAUCUAUCACCGCGUUAACACCUUCUUCCGUUGCGGACGACCCUCUCAUCCUAAUUACCCCAAGAAGCGAAAGCCACUUGGCCUAAGGCUGCCUUUCCUCAACCGUGGCCCGUCGUACGAGCGUGUUCUCGAAGAGGGCGCUCAGCAUUUCGACCUGAGCGUGACCGACUCUGAUGGGAGCGAUUUGGAUGGCCGUCCCUCUGACGCUGAGUCAAACACCUUCCGGGCACCCAAACACACAACAAGCUGGGGCAGUAACCCUACUACACCAGGCUUGAAAUACAGUUUGGAUAACAGCUCAUCGGGUACGAUUGGGCUAGGGAUUAGCGGUGGGACCCCCGGUAUCGCCAUAGAUCGGGCAGGGUUGGUGGUCCGGACUGAGAGUCGCGACAACUUGGCGCCCAUCGCACUUGGGCCCACUACGAACGGGCGUCGGUCGAGAGCAGGCAGUCCGACACGAUCCCACCACCACAAAUCACCGUCCAUGUCGCCCUUGGCCGAUGACUGA